UGCGUGAGUGAGUCGUGCAGCGCAUGCAUUAAUUGUGUUAAAUAUUUUAACGUGAUUCAUUUUUUUAAAAAUUAAUUACCGUGGUUAUCGGGAUAAAUUGAAUAACCCUACCUUAAGCCUAAACUAAAGACUCUGGAUGAGUGUAAUAUAUUAUGUUUGUAACGUUAAAAACAAUUAGAAAACGAUUUAAUUCAAAAAUAUAUAUACAUUAAAAAAAGGGAUGGCCGAUAUUUUUUUGCCGAUUCCGAUACUUUGAAAAUGACGUGAUCGGACCCGAUCGGCACAUCUCUAAUAUAUAUAUAAAACAAGAACACUUGUGUUUUUCACUUAAAAAAGGAGGUCAUUUUUACUUCAUAAACCUGAAGAAAUACAGGAAAAAACUGAGAAGUUUUGGAUUCUGCACCCCAAAAAAUUCAAGUGCAUCUCUUUGACCUAAAACAACAAAAAAUAUGUUCUCCAAUGUUUUUAAACAUAGGUACCCACUUUAACCUAUUUCUUUGUAUUUGUUAGGCCACGGAAAAUUUAUUACAUCUGGACUAUUCUGUUGUUUUAAACAUAUUUAGUUAAUUAGGACAGAUUAACACAAUUACUUAAUGCUCCAGAAUGGAGGCAUGACACAAAUGGUUUUUUUUGGAUGUGGCAUUUAAUUGUUUGCUUGUAUAUCUUUUAAUACAUUGAUAAUUUUGAAGUGUACACUGGUUUAGAACAAUGAUUCUAAAUGGGUGGUACACGGGCUCCCUCUAGUUAUUAACGGACCAACAUUUGGGCCUACUACACCACUGUAUUUUUCUUGAUCGUGUGUGCAUGCAAUUGGAGAGUACUGCUUGUUCUUAAUCUGUCACUGCCUCAUAUGGCUCGUCCGGGUGUGUGUGUAUCAGAUUUAGCUCUCCGUCACAAGAGCAGCUGCAGAUCAUAAUGCACCUCAACAACCGAAGGACCUCUGAUAACACAUACCCACCAGUAAUUGCCAACAUUGUAUGCAUACAGACGCUGCAGGACUCACACUGUUAGAUUCCAAGAGGAUCAUAAAGUGAAACACAAAAGAAGAAGAAAAGGAAAUGCAGGGCUGAAGCCAUGUCUCUGAGUCAGCUGCAAAAAGGCGGAGCAGAGUGUGAGGCAGACUUUGCCACUCUGGAGAAGCAGCUGAUGUGUCCCAUCUGUACGGAGCUUCUUCAAAAGCCCAUCGUCAUCCUACCCUGCCAGCACAACCUAUGUAGGAGGUGUGCCGAUGCGCUCUAUCAGUCUCAGAACACUUUGAUGCUGAGCAGCGGCAGCUUUUGCUGUCCAUCAUGUCACCAGAAGGUGGUCCUGGAUUGCCACGGUGUCUACGGCCUGCAGCGCAAUCUUCUGGUGGAGAACAUUAUCGACAUAUACAAACAUGAAGUCUGCGGUCACAGUGGCAGCAGGUCCCUCCCUCUCCCGCCUUCGCUUCCUGCUCAGGUGAUUUGCUCACAGCACUCGGACGAGAAGGUCAACAUCUACUGUGUCUCCUGCCAGCUGGCCAUCUGCUCCCUCUGUAAGGUUUUUGGAGAGCAUGAGUCCUGCCAGGUGCAAUCUCUGGAAGAUGCCAUGCAGCACAAGAAGGACGAACUGAGGGAAAGUGUGGCUUCAGUGGUGGAGAUCAACCAGAAAAUUAGAGCAAUAAUGGACGAGCUCGAUGAAAAGUGCAGGAAAAUCGAGGAGACCUGCAAGACUCACAAACAAAAUGUAUACGACAAGUUCAGACGAAUGUCCUCAAUCGUGGAGGAAAGACUUAGUGCCAUGACGGAGAGAAUCAGCAAAGAAGAAGAAGAAAAGGCAGGCGGUGUCCGGCUGCUUGUGCGUUGCUAUGGAGAUAGUGUAGAGGCUAACCGGAAGUUGUUGGAGAAAGCAGUCAGCGCUUUGGAGGAUCCCGACAUGGUGGAUUUUAUUCAGAAUUCCAAAGAUUUGAUCACAAAGGUCAAAACUGCCAGUAGCUUCCAUCUGGUUGAGAUGCUGAAACCAAGUAACCAAAAGAUGAAACGUUACAGAUGCAACUUCAGGCAGCAGGAGUCCGCAAUUGCUGCCAUUGACUUCAUCACAUUUGGAGAUCCUUUGGAAAGCACCCAAAAUACAGAAUCUCCAGAACAUUCAGAAGUUGAGGAUGUGUCCACACAAGUCCCCCUUUCGCAGGCAGAACCAACAUUGGCGCCUCCUGAAUGCUCUAUCCAAGAUCGGCCUAUAGAAUGUGAGAAGGAGCAAGUCCUUAUGAAAGAGGAGGCGCAAGGAGAGGCUAAGGAAUGUUCUGCAUCGCAGGAGGAAAUGGCUGCUCAAAUAAACACGCAACAGGCUGUCAUUGCACUGUUCUACCUCGUGGCCUUCCUGGUUCUCUUGCAGAAGGCUUGGUCCUACAUAGGCUGCUUUAUCAUCAGGUAGUGUCAGCGGGAGAAGCAUCCCUCUCCACCUACCCAUCGGCUAAAUUUCUGGAAAAAUAACAACUAUACCGAUUCAGAUUUGUAGUCUGAUCUUCAUGUACCCAAAGAAUAAACAGUCUGCCUGAACUAAUUUGACACAAACAAUGAUGUUUUUAUAUUUCCAUUGAAAAUAAAAUAUUGUAAACAUAUUUGUAAUAUCAGAAAUAUUAUGUAUUUGCACGUUUGUUUGGAUUAUGACU